GUUCCCGGAUUCGGCCGGGCUGCCGUGGUCGUGUGAUUUAGGCGGCGGAGCGACGUCCUGCGAAAUGCCCUCCUUACUGCGCUCUGGGCUCUCUGCCGCAGCUUGUUUGGGUUCUGUACUCGCGACUUGCCCGCACGACUCACUUGCAUGAUACUGGAUUAACAACAGUUAAGCUGUAUCCCCUCCCUCAGCCUCGUAUUUGACCAUACUAUGUUUUAUGACGUUUUGGUGAAUUGAUCAUUGUGAAGAACAGCACCACCGUGCUUCUUCGAGUUCUGUUGACAGGUUCCUCCCCUUUGGACUUCAGACCAUUGGUGGUUUGGUGUGACUAACGAUCUGUGACCCGGCAAGCACGGUCCCCAUAAACAUGAAAUGCUUCUAACCUGUCCUGACCUCACUGCCCAAGCUUGUGCUGUUCUCUACUCACCAACUGGUCCAUGUCAAACGUGCUGUGCUGUCCAAUAAUCUCUGAUCGCUUGAUGAUUGCUCUACACAAUUGCCUGCAAUCCAUUCAUCUACUUGCUUGUCGUCGUUUCAUCGAACCAUCCAUCUACUUGCUGUGGUCGUCUGGCUCGUCUCACUCAACCAUUUUAUUAUAACCUUUCACUGGAUUGGCCAUUAUUCAUGCCACCUAUGUGUUUCAGUUUACCUGUAUAGAAGAUUCUGCCCGAUUGGUGCUCCCAGACACUAGUUAAUCCUGUUCGAUGAGUUCAGCAUCCUUUCCCCUAAUCUUCUUAGUUCCGACUGUAGUGCACAAAACCCUUAUACAUUUGACCUUCCAAACUGCCGAUUAAAGCCUUUGGACGUUUUUCCCAUUUUUUUACUAGAAAUAUAUCCAUGAUGAGCUCCAGAAUUUUGUAGUCAAGAGAAUUCUUACCCAUGUGGGCCUACUUCUUUUGUUUCUAUGUCCUUGUUCUCUUUGUUUGCAGCUUUUUUCCUUUGCUAACAGCAGCCAGUAAACUAUUUUAUUAUUAUUUUCAAUCUCAAAGCAUCCACAGCACACAAACUAUUUUAUUUGAGCAUGAUCAUUUAAGUUGAACUUAUGUGUGCACCAUGCAUUUUGUCUGUUCAGUGGUCACGGUUAAUUGUAUAUGUAAGCGUGAAGAAUUAAGAAUGUUCACACUAUAAGGUAUAUCAGUGGAAACAUACUCCAUGCUAUCUCUUAACAUCUAAGUGAUCAUAAGAUUAAAAAAAUCAUGUGGUAUGUAUAACUCGUGAUAAAUCUCAGCCUUCAAGUGUACCUCCUGCAAUGCUACGACCAUUAGAUCAUGGAAGAUGCAGAACUGUUCUAUAUGUUAAGGGCACACCACUAUAGUCCCAUGCUUUGAGAUUAUGCAUGAAAUUCUACAGUACUUGCACCAACAUGUCUUCUGCAUUGUCAGGUAUUUCUUGUUGAAAUUUUGAAGACUACCAUUACAGUAUUUUAUGUUGUCGGAAAUGGCACACGAAACCGUUAUCUCUUAUGGAAAUGCAGGUUAUAGUGAGAUUUGGCUUCCAGAGUAGCCCACGUCCUUGAAAGCAGACCAUUAGAGUUGGAGUUCAGUCUGUGGGAACAUGAUUCAAUAUCAUUGUUUGUUUGACUUCAAAUUGGGCAAAUGCGGGGAUUAGGUUGGGUAAGCAAUUGUCGUUUCCUCCAAUUAUCUGAUGGUCAGGAACCCAGGUUAGUGAAUAGUUUCAGAAAUACUGCACCUACAGAUUUAAUCUGGCCAGUAAGCUGGAAGCAACCACUCCCAGGUGCUAAACUUUAUUCAAUGGGUACUAUCACCUUUUCUGGGAAACAAACCCUUUCCGUUCAUCUCCCUUGCCUUUAUUCGAUGGGUUUGUCGUUGGCCUUCCUUUUUCUCUAGCUUAUGGCUGCUCUGACUUAUCCUGGAACAAGGGAAGUUGUAUUUAUUCUGGAGGAUUAUAGCUUUGGAUCUAAACAGAUAUUAGUAUAAUCUGAAUCUUUUUUCCCUACUUGUUCGUACUUCUUUCAUUUGGACUGAGUUAUUAAUAAUGUUGCAGGUACUAGUUGAUCUUUCAAAGUAAUGGAGAUUUUUGUUUUCUUGUUUGACUUCUUGAUUUGCCAAAAUGAAGCUAUGGUCAAACAAAUGGGCGUUUUUGGGCUUCUCGAUUCAUGUUGCCAGUGCUAUGUACUGACUGCAGCAGUAGCAGCAAAUGGAAGAGCUCUUCCAUCUGAGUUAUGCCAUAUGAGGACCUAUUUGGCCUCAGAAAGGGCAUAUGCUCAAAAUCAUCGCAUGUUGUCCUCUUGCAAGAUCGUGUAACACAACAAUAUUCUUAAGCAUCCCAAGUCAGGCCCCAAUGUGGUUUUUGGAAGUGGCGCCCUUUCGGGAACUGGAUAAGUGUACGGAACUGCUGCCAGACUUGGCACAUAGUACGUGUAGCCUAUUGUGGUUUGUUUCGUGAAAUUUAUGGACCAAGUAUGUUGGUGACGAUAUAUGAACCAAUGGCCACUGUUAAUCUCUGUAGAAGGAUUUCGUGAUCCAUGUGAGUAUUAAUUGGAGCAGUGCAGGCAUGCACUUUAUACAAGAACCAUCAAUUUGCUUGCCAUGGUUUGGAUGACUAAUUCACCAAUAGAAUGGUUUAAAAUCUGGAAAAGUAAUGUAAGGCCUAAUGGUCCCUGCCAAAUUAGUUGAACCAAAGGCGCUUUUCCAAGAUGAAUUCAGCUUAAGAUGUAGAACUGGCUGUGAUGAGGGUAGCUGGGCCCUUGAAACAAGCUGAGUUCUUAUGGUGUUGAGAGAAUGCAUUUGCAGAUUGCCAUUUGACGGGAAUUGAAAGGAGAGAAAGGAUAUUGGAAUAUAGAUCAAUUGAUGGGACUGGAACAAGAUGCAUGCACACAUAAACAGAACAAAAGGGGACAACAAUUUCAUGGAGGAACCUUACCAAUAUCACACACCUGGAAUCUAUUUAAACGGGCCAUGUUUCUACCUGACAUGCUAUGACCACCUGACUUGACGAUAUUUCCAGGAUCGUCUGAAGCUGAUAGCUAGGAUUACACUUCUUAGACAUCAAGUUAUGUUAUCUUGUUCAUAGUAUUGUGUACACUAUCUAUCUCUCCCCAUGGCAUAGCUCAUUGUGAUAAGAGCUCAUCUCAUACUAUGUAAAUGUUGAAUUUUAAGUCAGAUAUUUCUUAUACUUGCUAGAAUGUAAAUAAUAGCCGUACUAUUGGAAGAAUGCUGUCACCAAAGUUCACAGUAGUUCAGUUCCAACUUCCUUUGCUAUUAAUUGUAUUAUCAUGAUAACAUGAUUACGGAUGCUUACCAUAGGUUUUUUGGCCAUUAGAGAUCUGUUAUUUUACCUACUGUACACCAGAGAUUCUGGUCUUAUCUUUCUUGCCUGGCUUGGCAAAAUAUAUUUCUGAAGGCAGUUUUACAUGGUUUGUACUCAAGUAUUGGAGAUUUUUGUACAGCAUAAUCCUAAAUUCCUAAAAUACUUUUGCUGUGUAUAACUAAUAUCAUGUGUGUCUAUCACUUGAUGAAAAGUUGGAUGUAGUCUUGGUAUGCUGCUUUGUAUCUAUUUUUGUCUAAAUCCUGUCUAAAGUUGGAAAAUAUAAAUGUUUAAUCAUAUAAAAUUGUACAUGUAGUAAAAUAGUUCCUUUUGGCUUUUCAGUAUGAAGCCAAAAUAUCUUCAAAAAGAUUUCUUCAAAAAAUUUGCGCACGAAUAAUCACCAAAACAUGUAGGCACAAGAGUUGAAUUUCUUAAGUUAUCAAUUUAAUGGACUGUACUAUAUAUUUCUUUACCAGUUUGUAUUAUCUAUCAUCUCAGUAUCUUCUGUAACACAAUCAAAUUACAGAAAGCUGCAGUCAAUUUUAUCUGUACAAUUUCAACAUAGAUAGUAGAUGUAGUAUUUUUUAUUAGGAAACUAAAAUCUUAAGGUGGAUAAUGUUGUCUGGAGUAACAUAAUCAAAUAAACUAGUACAAAGUCUUUUUAAAUUCUGGCGAUCUGCAAAGUCAGCCUAUGUAAAUAAAGUUUCAAAAGGAUGAAAAAUUUGAACUGUUCAUAACAAAUCCUGUACUCUGUUGUUAUGUUCUAGCCCGUGGUGCUUCCAUAACCAAAGCUAUGUCAUUAUACUCUGCUACUUACAUUUCGUGACAAGUUUUUCCAGCAAUAAGUAUGCCACAAAAGAUUGAUAUGGGAAACCAUUGGCAUUGCCAUCUCUGUUUUGAAAAUAUGCAAAUCAUAGUUUGUGGUCAUUUUUCUUUUCUUUGGCCUUACAUCUCAGCACCAUUUGGAUUUUUUUUCUUUGGCUUCAUAUAUGUCAGAAGUUUUCUGCCAAAUGGAAUAGAUAAAUGUCUCAGCACCAUUUCAAAGAGAUAUAGCUAUACAUGUGAAAUUAUCAUGUACUGUAAGGGUGACUUGUGGGGUGAAUUGUAUUUUCCAACAUAAUUAUCAUUUUGCUGUGACUUAGCAUUAAUUCCCCAAAAGGUUGCUCGAACCGCCAUGAGGAAUAUCUGGUGUGCGUGUGUUGCUUGUUUUUGAUCUCGUUGAUCUUGGUCUUUGACACUUGCUGCUUAACUCUUCUAUCUCUUUGCUUCUUCUCUUGAGAUGUGAGAACGGUUGUUUGCAUGUUAUCUAAUAAAACUAUAAUACGCAGUUAAUAACUGCAUAGGACUGAAUCAUUUGGCUUUGGGCAUCUCUAUUCCGCGUGACUAAUCUCACAUCUCACACGUGUAAGGUUUGAAAUGGCUGUAUUUUGUCUCUGAAGUUCAUGCAUUUUUAUGCUGUAUAUAGUCACCUCUCCUUUAAGUUUCCUUCUUUUAAAUGCCAAGUUCUUAUUUGCAGCUGCAGCUUCUUUAGCUGAAAUACUAAUCUUGAGCCUCAAAAAUUCCAGAUUAAGCAAAACAUCUGAUCAGACUGUACAUGCGUCAUGGCUGGGCAUCAGUAUAACAAUUCCCAGAUGUCCAGAAUGGAUCAUAUGAACCAGCCACGCAAUGAACCUCCACCUUUUGGUCAAAAGUUAUUUAUGCAUCCUAGAAGUGAUGCACCUAAUGGAGCUGGGCCAUCUGGUUAUGGGGGUACAGCAGUUAGAUCAAAUGACCUUCCAUCUUCAAGCUACGCCAGUCAGUCUUAUAGUCAGCAGAGUGGAGCCCCUGGAACCUUUCAUGCUUCCCAUGUUUAUCCUCCUGCUGGAAGCUCUAGUAGCGGCUAUGCACCAUACAAUACUCAACAGCAUCUAAGCUACCCACAUAGGCCUGAAGAUAAUUUUAUUUCUGGAAUCCAUGUGGAUGACAGAAGGGUUGCACUGAAGCGAAGAAAUCCCAUCACUCAUCCUGCAGAUGGUGUCAGUGCCAGAGGCUAUUAUCCUGGCAGUUCUUCCAAUAAUCAGUUCUCUGGUUACAUGCCUCCCAAUCCAGUUCCUACCCCUGAAUCCUGCCCUCCACAAAUAACUUCAAACAUGGGUUCAAGCCACUGGAGUGAUCAUCACUUUAUAAAUCAUGAAGGAUCUCAGAGGAAUGUGAGGGGACGCCACGAUCAUAACUCUAUCCAUUCAGAAUAUAAUACACCUACAGCUUGCCCAUCAAGCAGCAUUCAUUUGCCACCUUACCGUCCAAAUGCAAAUGCCCCUUUCGGAAGUGCACCAGUACAACGUGAUAGAGCUCCUUUAUCUCUACCUCCAAGAAUUGUCCCCCCAGGAACAGAUGGAAGCACUAGCAUAGCAUUCAGAGAGAGGCAAUACUAUCCUGCUCCGCAGGGCACCAACAUAGGUGCUCACAUGCCAGUACGUCCUGGUUCUUCUGACAGUGCACCAUUUGUUCAUGGUGGAUAUGCUCCUAGAUCAGCUCACCAUACCACUGUCCGCAAUUAUCUUCCACCAGCUUUUGCAACUUCUUCCCACUCUUCCGUAGUCCGGUGUGAGCCUUCUAACCCCCACUAUCAACCUGCAAUCCCCAGCUACCCCCCUGCAACCUCUGCAGCAUCAUCAAGUGUCCAGCCAUUACAUGCUGAAGCUGCUGCAUCUUUGAGACAUCCAAGGCAUGUAUCCGUAGGGCACACUGGUAGCGCAAGGAGUAGAAGGAUGAGGGAUUCCUUUCAUUGUUUCAAUCCUUCGACGAUUGAGGACAAUAACUUGGGAAGAUCUGCAGCCGAGCGGUUUAUGAUGCUGGAUCAGUUGGUCAUCCACGAAUCAAGGGAAGCAUUUGAUCCUCACUGGGACAUGAGACUAGACAUUGAUGACAUGAGUUAUGAGGAGCUCCUGGCUUUGGAAGAAAGAAUAGGCAAUGUGAACACUGGUCUGGCGGACGAGAAAAUCUCAGGCUGUGUGAUGGAGCUUGCUUGCCACAGCUCUUAUGCAAAUACACACAAUGAUCAAGACAAUGCAAGAUGCGUAAUUUGCCUGGAGGAAUACAGGCACAGGGACUCUCUCGGGAGGCUGAAAUGCGGGCACGACUUCCACGUGGGCUGCAUCAAGAAGUGGCUGGAGGUGAAGAACGCCUGUCCGGUUUGCAAAGCUGAUGCCGCAAACGAGACCACCUGAGGAGGACCAAAUGGUGCAUCCCUCCCUAUUUAUCCUAGUUCAGGCCAGAUUUCAUUUAUGUCUGCUCAAGUUGGGUGUGUAAAUAAGUAGUCCAAAAGUCAGGAUUUGUUUUGUGAGUUGGCUUUGAACUCAAAAACCUCAGGAUGUCCAAUGUAAGUAAAAAUAUUUAAGCAGGUUAUCAGUUAGCUGUCCAAA